CUUUUUUUGACUUUUUAUUUAUUACUCUUUUUUUUUUUUCUUCUUCUCUUCUUUUUAAAGAAAUAACUUUUCAUAUAUCACGUAACCAUUGUUGCUCUGACUUGAACUAUGCAACACAAUGGUAACGCUAUUCAACUUGUUCCUCCUCCUCCUUUGGGGUUUCCUUCCUUUCAAUUGGUUCAGUCAUUAGCCAAAAGUAUUCAAGAAAGUCUUAGCAAGAUGGAAGCAGAACUUCGUCAAAACACGGGUGUAGCACUUAUCAUCAAACAGUUUGAGAAACCAACUCGACCUCAAGACUCUUCUCUGAACAAUAAUGACAAUCAUUCAACUAGUUCGACAUCUCCUACAACACCCGAUAAUACCCAACAAUUCUAUGAAACUAUCUUAUCUCAGCAUGCUAGGCCUCGACCGGUCAUCAAUCGAUAUGGUCAUUUCAUGGGUGAAACUUCAUAUUAUUGUAGUUUAUCAUCCUAUAUGCCGCGAAAAUAUUUUGAUCUGUUGCAACAACCAUCCUUCUCUUUAUUGGCUCCUAUCGCACCUCCUCAGCUGACAAAUGAAGACCAAAUGCACCUGAUUGAAGUUUAUUUUACUCACAUUCAUCCACACCUACCUUUAAUCAACAAACAUGAUUUACUAUUGGAAUUGGAUCACUGCAAUAAAGGUGAACCUUCCUAUUUGUCGCCUAUGUUUUUUUAUGCAUUAUUUGCUCGGUCUGCACCAUUCUCAACUGAACCUCAGCGUUUCAUUCAGCCAUCAUCUGGACAAACCAUUGACUCUUUUUCAAUCCAUUGUUUACAGUAUGCCAAUCAAUUUCGUGAUGCUUAUAUUCAACAACCUCGAACUAGUACUGUGAUGGCUCUUCUUUUUAUGGCCGUGUACCUUGAACAAAGAAAACAACCAAAGGAUUUCAGUCGAAUUUGGAUAUGGACAGGCGAAGCUUUUAGGAUGAUUUUGGAUUUGGGUCUACAUCGAUUGAAUUCGUUCCACGAUUGUUCUUCAUCCAGAUUAACAACAUCAACAGCAUCGGCAGCAUCACCAACAGCAUCACUACCGACAACACUGUGUAACUCAAUGGCAUCACCAAACUGGACUGAACAUACGGAACAUUCGACAUUAGCAAACACUGUUUUUGGUCAAUUUGAAAUUCGAACUUUUUGGGCUGCUUUUGUUAUUGAUCGCUCAAUGAGUUUGACCUGUGGUCGUCCUUUUACAUUGGAAGAAAAAGAUAUUGAUGUCCCUUUACCACACUGCUUAGAACAAGAUGAUAAGGAAACAAGUACUUGGAUGACAAUCUUUCAUGAUUCCAUUGAUAUCAGCAAAAUUAUGGGAAGAAUUGCCAAAUUUAACUAUGCUCCACAUUCAACACAAAGAGGCCCUAUUAGACAUCAAGAUGCCAUGUUAUCGACUUUGGACUCUUGGAUUACAUCACUUUUAAAGGAUUCUUCAACUUGCGAUGAAAAUACAACUGAAGGGAUGACCCAGCUACGACACCUGUACAACAUCCGAUUAUUGGCAUUAUAUAGUCUUUUGAUUCUACUGCAUAGACCAUAUAUACAAGAACAUUUACCCAAAAUGGCCAGUAGUAGUGGCAAUACAUCAAAACCUUCCUUGGAUAUAUGCUCACAUACAGCAAUGAUCAUUACUCAUCUUCUGUCAGAUAUACCUAAAGAUGACUUGAUCUAUCUAUCAAAAUUAUCACCAUUUAUUACCUAUGCAUUAAUCUUGGCACUUCGAAUUCAUCUGAUCAACGCUUCAGCCUCUCAUGAUCAAAAAUUAGUCGCCUUUGGUGAAAUCAGCUUUGAACAAACUUUGGAUCAGUUACGUACCAUACCAUUAGCCACAGGAUCAGAUACCAUGUUAACAGAACCAAUAGAUUACUUGGAAACCCAAUACAAACAACGCAAGGCACCCAUUAUGUCUGGCUUCACUCGAUCACUCAACAAACAUCAUUCAUCCUCUUCUUCCAGUCCUCGCGUCUGUUCCUUGGAUCCUAGAUUACAGAGUGAUGGACCAGUAUCCUCUUAUGAUGGUGAUCACAGUUUUUCUAAACGACCUUACAAUGUUGAUGGUGAUUACCCUUUAUCUGGAGUUAGCAAUGUCAAUGGCAAUUUAUCAACAAUGAUGACAACAGCAAAACCAUUACAACGACUCAAGAUUAUCGAAGUUCAUCCAUUCAAAGGCAAACAAAAGAAACACAAACCAACACCACCGCUCAAUUACUCUUCUGUCAGCACACCAGAUACUAGUGCCGAUUAUUUCACUCAUAACAACGCCACUGUUACUACUCCUACUACCAGCAAAUCCAGUAUAUCCACGCCUAUCAAAAACGACUCCAAUAACAUUACCGAUAUCAACAUGAUCAAUGAUACACAGAAAAGUAGUAUCAAGGAUGACAGCAAAUCAAUCAGCUCUUCUGUACCAGGUCUUGCAACAACGGCUAAUAUUCCAUCAAAGUCGACAUCAGUACCCUAUUAUCCAAAUAUUAAUCCAUCCGAAAUGACCCACUCAUCAAAUACCACAAUCAAUAAUGUCAAUAUAGAUCCUGAAACAGUAGAUCACCGGCAUUAUAUUCAGGAGCAUCAACCAAAAAUAUACCAGCAACAGCAGCAUGAUCAUCAAAACAUUUCAUCUAUUACAGCUACAUCAUCGUCAUCAUCAUCAUCAAUAUCAUCAUCAUCGAACCAACCAGGAUUGGACUAUAAUAGCAACACUCUUUUUACUGUUGGAGAUGGAUUGACAGGUGAUUAUUCGUCCUUAAUGCUUUACGAUACUAUGUUUACAUCUCCUAGUCAACGGUUGGAAGAGCAACAACAACGACAGCAACAUGAGCAGGCUAGUGUUCCAACAUCGAUGAUAUCAACAUCUUCUGGAGCUGCAAUAGCGAAUAUUUCAUCAUCAACGACUACCACAUCAUCUCAAAAUUAUUCCGCAUACAUGGAUCCUUCACAACUGGUUUACGGCACUGGGCAGCCUACAACACCUUCACUUCUUUUUAUACCCCCUCAUUAUUUAUCUUCUUGA